AUGGGCCUAUUUAGCCGCAAAUCGGACCGCGAGCCUCGCGAACCACGUCGCAACACCGAAGACGAUGGUCGCAACCUGCAAUACCACACCAGUCGAGGAGGUGAUUUCUCUUACCGAAGUGUGCAGGACAUGUCCAGGCAUGCGGCAUCGCAGCCUGUUCAGAACAAAAAGUUCCUGUAUCCGCAUGAGUAUCACAAUGGGGAGAAUAUAUUUCCCGAUUGGGAGAAGAGAGGCCGUCCUCUGUACGAAGCACCCGCUACUUACGACGAUGACUUCGACAUCAGCAAGAAGCCCACCCUAGGCCACAAAAUCGACGCUGCCCGGAAUCCGCAUCGCAACGACAGGGCUCGAGCUAUUCGCAACCCGCCGAAUGAUCCUGGGCCGUAUCGAGUUGUCGGAAUGCGCGAAGAGUACGGUGGGGGACCGAGCGGCCUCGGAGUCAUGUAUCACCCCGAGGGCGACCGGCACAGCUUUGUUAGAUCGCCUCUGGAGCCAAUGAGCCGCGAGGGUCAUCGGGUUGACUUGAGGUACGAGGAUGAUCGCCGGAAUAGCAGCCGCAAGACUACUUGGCCUGCUCGAGAUUAUGAUGCUGAAGAUCUUGCCCGUUACGAGACUCAGUAUAAACAGGAGAGACGACCAAGGAGAAGGUAG